AUGUCUCAACAAGCUCAAGAAGAAACCUUCCUCGUUCGCAACGGCAGCCUGCGCAUCGCCGCCAAGCGUUGGGGUCCGGCAAACGGCUACCCUAUCCUUGCAUUGCACGGGUGGCUGGAUAAUGCGAACACAUGGGACGAACUGGUUCCAAAAGUCAUGAGCCAGCAUGACGGCCCGCUGCAGGUUGUUGCGCCUGACUUUGCUGGACACGGGCGGUCGGAAUAUAGACAUGUUACGACAGAUUAUGGGCCGAAUAAGUUCGUGGCGGAUAUUUUGAUGGUUGUUGAGCAGUUGGGCUGGUCCAGCUUCGCCCUCCUCGGCCACUCAAUGGGCGGCGCAAUGGCCACGCUAGUCGCCGGCCUCCUCAAAACCCGCAUCACCCACAUGAUCCUCAUCGACAACCUCGGCCCGCCCUUCCCGCCCUCCUCCGCCGCGGACUUUGCCAAAUUCUGGGCUCAAUCCCUCAAAGUCCAAGCCUUGCCCACGAAACCCAGCAAACUGCUCCCUUCGCUCGAAGCUUGCGUACGAGUACGCGCUAGCGGAACAGAGGAUAUGACCAUGUCCAUCGAAGCGGCGAGAACACUGAUGGGAAGGGGCGCGGAGGCCGUGUCGUCACCAGACGGGGCUACGAUUCAGUACCGGUUUACCGUCGACCCGCGCGUCCGUUUCAUCCAUUUCGAUCUGGAAAUACCCGGCAAUGUCGUCGACCAUUUCCUCGCGUCGACUAAGUGCCCCGUGUUGGUGUUGAUGGGACAGAAUGGCGCGCCGUACGCCAAAACGAUGGUCGAGGAGCGGGCGAAGCUGGUUAAGACGCUGCGGGUCGUUACGGUGAAGGGAUACCAUCACCCGCAUUUGGAUGUGGGCGUGGAUGAGUGUGUCGCGGAGACAUUGAAGUGGUUGAGUGAUUAUCCCCUGGUUCCCGCGGCGGCGUCGGCGGGAACGCAGAGGACUUUGAGGUCUGCUUCGAUAUCCGCCAAGCCCAAGAACAAGCUAUGA